AUGGACUCUUCUUCUUCUCCAACCUCCAGCUCCUCUCCCUACUUUGAUUCUCUCCUCCGUCGCCGCCAACAGAAGAAAAUGAGCAUCACGCAAACAUACUAUCUCGCCCACACUGCCCGGAAGAAGCUCACCCGUGAAGCUUCCCGGGCAGAUCACGACCUGCGCCUGCUCGUUGGUCAUGCCAACCUCCUCGACUCCUUGAUGUACGACCUCGCCGAUGCCGAGCGUGAACAAGAACGCUGGUUCAACCAGACCGUCCAUGGAGCCACCAAGGCUUCAGCUCCCUCUGGCCAACAUAUUCAAUGGGCUUCGACCGUGGUUGAAGAGCCUGAGGAAGACUGGGAUCCGGAGGAUGUGUCCGAUCUGGACUCCGAAGUUAGCGACAGCGACGACUCCGACUACGACGAGACCGAAUUCGUCAUUAACACUCCUGUCCGCCGCCGCGCCCCAUCACCCGUGGCUCACUUCCACGAGGACCUACUAGAGGAGGACGACGAAGGCGACGACACAGAUUCGGACUUUGAGUACGACGAUGCAGAGGAGCUGACCUUGACUCGCUCAUCCUCGCGACAGUCACCGCCUGAACUCCUUUCUGAUUCGGAUGGAGAGUCCGAGGACGAGUUGACACCACCGUCCCCGCCUCAACCAACACUGGAAACAUUCGAUGAAAAGGAAUCCGCCACUACGGCUAUCGCCUUGGCGGGUUCUGAUCAACCCCAUCUCUUUGAGCAAGGGUAUUUUGGUGCACAAGAGCAGACCAUCAUUGAGGCUUAUUAA